AUGGAACUUCUAAUCAUAGACUUAAUCACCCUUUGGCCUUCAACUCAUCAAGUUCAUGUCGUUUUGUUGUUCUUUGCAACUUUCCUUUGCUUGCAUACACCUGCCAAUUGCCGUUUGGGAAAUGAAACCGAUCGACUUGCAUUCCUGGAAUUCAAAUCCAAGAUAGCCAGUGACCCACAUGAUGUCUUGAGCUCCUGGAAUGAUUCUGUCAACUUCUGCCAAUGGCAAGGUAUUUCUUGUGGCCGCAAACACCAAAGAGCUACGUCUCUAGACCUUUAUGGGCUGAGCUUGUCAGGAACCAUUUCUCCAUAUAUUGGGAACCUCACCUUCUUAAGGUUCCUAAAUCUACGUAACAACAGCUUCCAUGGUGUCAUUCCUCAGGAAGUUGGUCGCUUGUCUCGACUGAGGCAUCUCAAUCUCACGGAUAACAGAUUGGAAGAUGAAAUUCCAGUCAACAUCAGCUACUGCUCAGAGCUCCGAAUCCUGACGUUGGCUAGAAAUAAUUUGGUGGGUAAACUGCACGAUGAACUAGGCUCUUUAAAGAAGCUUGAGAGGCUUGAUAUUAAAGAAAAUAAUCUUACAGGGAAGAUCCCACAUUCCUUUGGAAACCUUUCCUGCUUGAAACAUUUAUCUUUAGGUGAAAAUAAUUUGGUAGGAAAUCUUCCAGACAAGUUGGGGCAGUUGACAGGCUUAGUUUUCUUCUAUGUUGGAUUAAAUAAUCUGACAGGUAUAAUUCCGAUAGCCUUAUACAAUAUCUCUUCAAUCACUGGCUUUUCUGUGUCAAAUAAUCAAUUGAAAGGAAGUCUCCCAACGAACGUUGGCCUCACUCUUCCAAAUCUGCAAUUUAUCUCAGUUGGUGGCAACCGAUUCUAUGGAAAUAUUCCAGUUUCAUUACAUAAUUCUUCUCAGCUUGAAACAAUCGACUUCUCUGCCAACAAGUUCAUGGGACAAGUUCCAAAUCAUUUGGGGCAUCUAAAGAAUUUACGAAUGUUGAAUUUGGAGAUCAAUCUUCUGGGAAGUAACACAAGUCAAGACUUAAGUUUUAUAACUUCUUUGUCAAACUGUAGUAAUCUAGAAAUUCUAUCUUUUGCUAGAAAUAAUUUUGGUGGCCUGUUACCUGUCUCCAUAGCCAAUUUGUCAACCAAACUUAGCCUGUUAGCCAUGGGAUACAAUCAAAUAUCUGGAAGACUUCCAUUAGAGGUUGGGAAUCUUGUCAAUUUGUAUGCAUUAGGCAUGGAGGAAAAUCUUUUUUCUGGUUCAAUCCCUUUUUCUUUUGGGAAGCUCAGAAAGUUGCAGAUAUUGUAUCUGGACAGAAACCUAUUAUCUGGAGAAAUCCCAUCAUCCUUAGGCAACAUCAGCAACCUUAUUGAACUCUAUUUGUAUCAAAAUAGAUUAGAAGGAAACAUAACGAGUAGCCUUGCCAACUGCCAAAGCCUGAAAGCCCUGGAUAUUGCAGAUAAUCUCCUUGCAGGCUUCAUACCGCAGGAGAUUCUUCGUCUCUCCUCUUUAUCAUUGUUUCUUAACUUAUCAUACAACACAUUGACUGGUCCACUACCCCUGGAAGUUCACAAACUGAUAAAUAUUAAUUCACUGGAUGUGUCACAUAACAAGCUGUUUGGGGAAAUUCCUGAGAGAAUAGGUGAUUGCUUGAUGCUAGCACUUCUUAACAUGCAGGACAAUUUUCUCCAAGGAGCCAUUCCCUCAACCUUUGCUUCCUUGAGAGGUCUCAUACAUUUAGAUCUGUCAAGGAACAAUUUAUCAGGAAACAUUCCAAAAGAGCUGGAGAAGCUUCCUUUCUUGGAAUAUUUGAAUCUCUCAUUCAACAAUUUUGAGGGUAAGGUACCAACCAAGGGAGUUUUUAGCAAGAUAAAUGCAUUUUCACUUAUUGGAAACAACAAUCUCUGUGGGGGUAUCCCAGAAUUGCAGCUGCCAGCUUGCCCCAUCAAACGAAAGAAAAACAAAAAGUCUCCUGCUGCCAUUAUCCUUGCCAUAGUCAUCAGUUCAAUUGUGCUUUUCAUGGCAAUGGCAUUCAUAUGGAUUUUCUAUUGGCGAAAAUCGAGAAAGCAUAUAUCAUUCAAUCCUAUUGUGGGUAAGCUCCUUCGAAUUUCAUACAAUGAGCUUUUCCGGGCAACUCAGGGAUUCUCUUCAGAUAGCUUAAUUGGACAAGGUCGUUUUGGCUCUGUAUAUAAAGGAAGUAUUGAUCUACAAGGAGAGAAGACAGUUGCUGUGAAAGUACUCAACCUUCAACAGCAUGGAGCUUCCAAGAGCUUCAUUGCUGAGUGCAAAGCAUUGCGAAACAUUAGGCACCGAAAUAUAGUGAAGAUCCUGACAUACUGCUCCAGCAUUGAUUUUAGAGGCAAUGAUUUCAGAGCUCUUGUUCUCGAUUUCAUGGUGAAUGGAAGUCUGGAAAUGUGGUUGCAUCCAGAAGAGGAUAAUAAUAAUCAGCCAAGGAAAUUAAACCUUCUUCAGAGACUUCGUAUCGCGAUUGAUGUGUCAUCUGCAGUACAUUAUCUUCAUGAUCAUUGUGAACCACAAAUAAUUCAUUGCGACUUGAAGCCAAAUAAUAUUCUUCUUGACAAUGAGCUGACUGCUCAUGUUGGCGAUUUUGGAUUAUCAAGGUUCCUUCCCAAUACCACUAGUGAUUCUUCUCAAGGCCAAACAAGCUCCACUGGGAUAAAGGGAACAAUAGGCUAUAUCCCUCCAGAAUAUGGAAUAGGAAGUGAUGGGGCAACAACAUCUGGAGAUGUAUACAGCUUUGGAAUAAUUUUGCUUGAGAUUUUCACAGGAAGGACACCAACUGAUGAAUUAUUCACAGAUGGUUUGAGUCUCCACAGCUUUGUUAGAUCUAAGCUACCAGGACAAGUCCUGCAGGUUCUAGAUCCGAUGCUGAUAGCAUCAGGAGAAGUGGGAGCUGCAGAAAUUGUGGAGGACAGUGAGAGGGAUGAUGAUCACACAGAGAUCCAAGAAACUCGAAUCAAUGUUGAAAAUUUGAGACAAGAGAGAGACAAUGUGCAAAAAUGUAUUGUUUCAGUUCUGGAAAUUGGUCUUGCAUGCUCCACAGAAUUACCAGGAGAUAGAAUGAAUAUGAGCGAUGUCUCCAGGAAACUGAACAUCAUCACAGAAGCUUUCCUUCGUUCAAGGACUUCUUAAGUUUGAUGAAUGAGGCAUAAUUAAGCUGGGGCAUUCAAUCAUUAAUCUGAGUUUCAGAGCAGGACGUUUCAGCAAAUAAACCUCAAGCUCUACCUCUUGAGCUGUCUACUCUCUACUUUUCUUUUAGCCAAAUCCAAAACCAGAAUGUUAAAAAUAAAUCUGAAAAUUUAUUUCUUUAAUCAAAUUUCCCAUCAAUCAGCAUUUAACAUCUCUCUUCAUUCUUGAACAUGAAUAAUAAUAAUAAUAAUAAACAACUUGGUCCACUCCAUGGCAAC